AUCGAAAUGGGAUAAGCCAGACGAUGAGAAGUGAUCCGAUCGCGAUGGAAGAUCCAAGGAAGACUGAAGGCAACGGCGUCCGGUUGAGAGGGAUUGACGAAGAUGCAAUCGUUCCAGGUGAACCACUGGGGAGAUUUUUGACCCAGCACGGACCUGACGGGGUGAUGAAUUCAGAGGGCAGUGCACGGAGCCGCACAAUGACCGCAUUCGGCCUCGGCACGAGCGCUGCGACCGUCCCAGUUGACUCUUCCGGCCAAACCCCAAUUAAAUCCAGUCAUGCGACGACACGGUAGGAUACUGGGUCGCUGGAUUGGGACGCAAAUUGAUCGUGGUUCUGUCCUUGGGGGCAGGCGAUUAUCCCGGUUCCCGCUUGCGAAGAGAUGGUGCAGCGAUCGAGUUUUUCGGGUUGGCGCAUCGCAGAUACCGACAUUCAAGGCAUGCAUCGUAUCACACCAGGGAAUCCGACGUGUGCUCCAGGGAUUGAACAGGCAAUGGUCCAGGGAUAGAAGUAGAAACGCGGCUUCCUUUUUCUUCUUUCUUCUUUUUCUUUUCUUUCGUUUUCUUCGUGUACAAAGAAUGAAGCGGUCUCGGCUCCAGAACCCAACAAAAGAAACAACUUACCAGCAAUAUAAAACAAAAGCGGCCUUGAAACUAGCUUUCGCUGAAGAAAAAAGACGUCAAGGAGAUACGUUGCUUUGGCGUGGCGCAAAUCAAGGAUGCGUGAAGACAAGGACGUGAGGCGACAACGCGACCAAGAACCGGAUUGGAAAUCGAGAAGAACUGGCGGAAAGUAGCG